CCAAAACUGAACAUAUGAUAGAUCUAGUAUUAAUAGAAAAUAACUCUAAGCUAAUGGUCUGUGACAUUCACAAUAGCCGAUCUAUGGAAGCUAACUCGGAUCACUACAUGGUCACAGCCAUACUCAAACUAAAAUACUUAAAUAAUAAACUGACCCCAAACAAUAAUAAGAUACCAAAACGAAGACAACGCAAGGCGAUACAUGCCUUGACGUCGGACUAUCCGAACAUACUAGACAAGCUACUUCAAAAUAAUUGUAAUCUAAACCAGGUAGAACAAUCCAUCAUACAAGCGGCUAAUAAAGCCGCAAUCCCUCAUAAGUCGGCCACAAAAAGAUGGCAACAUACAAUAAGCGAUCUCUUAAAAAAUGAAAUAAAAUAUAGAAAACAACUAAGAUUAGCUUGGCUUAAUAACCCCACUACCUUAAAUAAAAAUCUCUACACACAAGCGAGUAAGAUAGUAAAUAAAAAGAUUAAGUUAGCAAAAGACCAAUAUAUCAAAAAUAGAAUAGAUGAGAUGAACUCUCUCUUCAAGAAACAUGACUUACACUUAGCAUAUAAAAUGCUGGAUGAUAUAUUGGCUACAAUUCGAAACCAAUCUUAUAGACCCAAAAGAACAAAUCAAGUAAAAGAUAGUGAUCUUCAAUAUCACUAUCAGAACCUAUUUAGUGCUAAAUUAAAACUAAAUCCUACUUAUCUAUCUACAGGGGGUACCCAGGAUCCCGAACUAACGCUAGAUGAAAUAAAACAAGGCUUAAAAAACAUGAAAAACCAAACUACUCCCAGUAAUAACGGCAUCACUACUGAAAUGAUUAAGCAUGGGAGUAGUAAAUUGACUAACAUAUUACUAAAUAUAAUGAAUAAAAUAUGGAGAAAUCCGUGCACUAUGCCAGACCACUGGCUAGAUGCAGAUGUAAUAAGUAUAUACAAAAAUAAGGGAUUAAGAUCUGACCCCAAUAACUACAGAAGUAUAUUCUUACUGGACACAAUAGGAAAACUAUUUGCAGGCAUAGUAUGCAAUAGACUAGUACAACAAACAGAUAACUAUCUACCAGCAACACAGUUUGGGUUUAGAAAAAAUCUAGCAACUACACAUGCAAUAACUACUCUAAGACACGUAAUCCAAACUGCCAUAGACACGAAACAUACCAUUGUCUUAACUUUUGUAGACCUAACUAAAGCUUUCGACACCAUACCUAAACAAUUAAUACUAGACACGCUGAAUAGACUAAGUUCGUCCUAUAACAUAAACGCCUGCUUCGCUAAACGACUAGAUAAGCCUAAGGGCUAUCUGAAAAACACUCAAUGGAACUUUACAAUGCAUAAGGGGGGGUCAGGCAGGGUAGUAAAGAAGGUGCGGCCAUCUUCAACUUAGUCUUUCAAAAUAUACUACAACAUACAAUAGAUAAAAACACAAAAAGGGAUUACACUAAAGGAUCAGCAUAAUAGGACUUGGACAGUCAAACACUUAGAAUAUGCUGAUGACAUAUACCUCAUCACAAAUACCACGGAAGAGGCUACUAAAGCCUUAGACCACUUACAAAAAUACUUAACUAAUAUUGGUAUGGAGAUAUCAAUCUCCAAAACCAAACUCAUGAUUAUUAAUAAAAAAGACAACCUAACAGCUGUCAGGAUAGACAAUAAGGAGAUAGAGGAAGUAGAAACCUUCCACUAUCUUGGCUCCACUAUAAAUAACAAGGAAACCCCUGACAGCGCUCUAACCCAUAACAUAGAAAAGGCAAAAUCUGCAAUAAUCAAAAUUAAACCAAUACUUAGAUGUAAGGAACUUAGCCUUAGUACUAAAAUCAAACUGGUGGAUUCUUCAAUAAUCCCCAUUCUCACAUAUGGACUAGAAUCCAUAGUACUAAGGAAACAAGAUUGGACACGACUAGAAACAGUCUUAAACACAAUACGACGAAUCAUCUUAGGCAUAAAUGAUAAGAAACAACUUACGGUAGAACAACUUAAACAAAAAAUAAACUUACCCAAUAUAGCCAAUAAAAUAAUGCAAAAUAGACUAAACUUAUAGUGCACCGCUCAUAAAAGACCAAAUAACCUAAUGGUGAGGUCUUUAAAUAGCGGAUUCGAUAAUCCAUCCAAAAAUAGGAAGGCACAUACAAAAAACUGGUUAAGACAACUUAACCAAGACGUCGAAGAAAUGGGUGAACGACUACCGGAAAAUUGGAUAGACCAGCCCACUAAGGUUAAAAUUAACGCUUAUCAAGAGUACUUCCCCAAAAUAAUAGGUAAACGUCACUUAAACUAUAAAUGUCAAAAUAUAAACUGCAAUAGAAUGUUUGCAACGAUUAAAGAAAUGAAUAGACAUUAUAGAAAUGAUCACCAAAAUAAACCUGAUACUGACUCAACUUAUAAAUGUCCCCUUACUGACUGUAAUAAAAUGUACAAGACUUUGGGCUGGCUUAAUAAGCACAUUCAAUCGUGUCAUCCACAACAUAAGUCUCCAAUAAAAGAAUCUAACAUACAAAUAACUAAAAAUAAACCCACAAACAGUGUAAAUAAAUGUCCUUACCCUGGCUGCACUAAAAGCCUACCAACUAAGAAAGGCAUAAUCAAUCACUGCUGUGUAGUACAUAGAUGGUCAGCAAUCACCGGACAGGAAGUAAAACCAAAAACAAAAAAACCGGCAAAAACAACUAUUGAGUCCCGGUAGUUGUGUCGUGCUUCGAUGUAGCCUCUUCUCCAGAAAAGCCUACUAGGCUUCACCAACUUGUUUGGCUGGAACGGGCACCACAGGGACCGGCAUAAAUAUCGGGGCUCAAUUGUUGUUUUUUGCUAAGUGUUUUUUUCUUUAGCUUAACUUCGUCUAGGUCUCUUGUUAGUGUUUGGGGUCUGUUUGUUAUUUAAGUAUCUUAGCUUAAGUAUGGCUGUGACCAUGUAGUGAUCCGAGUUAGCUUCCAUAGAUCGGCUAUUGUGAAUGUCACAGACCAUUAGCUUAGAGUUAUUUUCUAUUAAUACUAGAUCUAUCAUAUGUUCAGUUUUGGUCUUGGGGUGUACUCAGGUGGAUGUCCUAUGCGUAGGUUUAGUAAUGAAAGUAUUCAUUACUCGUAGACUUGAUGUUGCGCAUAAGUUUAUUAAUCUCAUGCCAUUUGUUGAAGUCUCUGAUUCAAGCUUAAUAGCUUUCCCUACAAUACUGGGGUAGUAAGUGUGAA